AUGGAGGAUGAGCAAGGUAUGUGGUCUAAGUCUCUCCUUCACGCCAAGCCAACACAGCAUUGCAUCACGAAACGCCGACAGUCCGCUCACACCGACCUUGCGACCAUGGCGACCAUCAGCAAGCGGCAACAAGCUCGCAGCGAGCGUAUGCUGCAAGAGCUCAUUCGAGGCGUCCCAGGAAACGAUCGAUGCGCCGACUGCACCGCGAAGAAUCCGGGAUGGGCGAGUUGGAACCUGGGCAUAUUCCUGUGCAUGCGGUGUGCGGCAUUGCACCGAAAGCUGGGAACUCACGUGUCCAAAGUCAAGUCGCUGUCGAUGGACUCGUGGAGUGCUGAGCAGGUCGAACACAUGAAGGGCGUGGGCAACGUGGUUAGCAACCGCAUCUACAACCCGCAAAGUGUGCGAGCGGACAUUCCGGUGGACAUUGACGAGGUGGACGCGGCGAUGGAAAAGUACAUCCGCGCCAAGUACGACACGAGAACUCUCGGUGGCCCGACACCGCGCGGCAAUGCAGCUGGAGCGAGCCAGAGGUCGCAGCAUACCGGUAGCACUGGCACAGGUGGUGGGUCCGACGAGCCUCAAGACUUGCCUCCGAAACCGAAGAAGCGAUUCGGAUUCACAUUUCGAUCCACGAGCUCCGCGCUACCCACCACGCAACCAGAUCGAUGGACUCCGCCACUUUCGCCUGCAUACACCGGCAGCGAUAGAGAGAGACGCUCACCAUUGCCAGACAGACCGCAGAGAAAGUCGAGCCAGCUAUUCAGCAAGAGGAUGGCAACAGUUGAAAACAACUUCGGUCUGAAAUUGGAGAGGCUGCAAGAGAUGGGAUUUCCUGAUCAGAUGAAGAACUCAGAGGUGCUCAAGAGCAUGAACGGCAAUCUGGAGAAGACCGUAGAGGCGCUGACGAGGUUGGGAGAGGCUACCAAGCCAAUCUUGAGGAAGAAGUCUUCGGCACCACGCGUGUUGACUCCUGUCUCGAUGGGCAGUACGGGAGCGAAUGGUAUCAGCGUUGAGAAGAGGACAACGGCGAACGAGGAUCCAUGGGCGAUCCGCGAGGAGAAGCUCUCUGUGCCAUCGCGUGCAUCAUCUGUGCCUCCAGUGGUGACGACAGAGUCAACAUCUUGGAAUCCAUUCUUGGCCCAAUCGCAGCCGAUACAACAAGCACAACAACAGCAGCAGCAGUCGUUGGAGAGCAGUUUUGGUGGUUUGCAGGUUUCUCAGACGAAUGGAACGCAGAACUAUGGCAACCAGCAAGCAUACUUGCAGAACAAUGGCUUCACACAAACUGCCAGUCCGUGGGAUCAACCACAGCAGCUAAUGCAGCCACCGCCUCAGCAAUUCCAGCAACCGACCGCCCUUGCUCACAACAACCCGUUCUUGCAGCAGCAAUCUCAACCUCAAACGUCCACAACAAGCAAUCCAUGGGCACAGCAAGCGUCAUUCCAACAACCUACACCCGCAAAUCAGCAAGCGUUCCAGUCACAUGUGCAGACUUCUCAGCAGCAGGGCUUUCAGCAACCUGCACAGGCUCAACAAGCUUAUCAGCAAUCGUCUGCGAUCCAGCAACCGAACAACCCGUGGGGUACAAGCUGGCAGCAACAAUCCUCGCAGCCGCAGCCACAGACCGCCUCACCGCAACCCUUCUACGGACAGCAGAACGAUUUUUUCUCGCUGCCACAGCCGACUCAAGCACAGACUGAGCCUCUUCCACAAACUCAAUUCCAAUCGCAGCCGCAGUAUCAGUCGCAGCAGCAAACGAGCCCCUUUUCCACGACCGGCCAAAAUCCAUACCAACAGCACAUGCAACAACCCCAGCAAGCACCCGUGCAACAGAUACAGACAGCACAAUACGUUCAACAACCCCAAUCACAAUACACCUACUCCCAACCUCAACCACAGCAACAAUCCCAAUUCCAAUCCUUCCCUCAGCAACAACAGCAACUCGCGCCCCGUCACGACAAGACCUCCAUCCUGGCCCUUUAUGGGCAACCUCAAUUGGCACCUCCACGUCCCCUUCAAUCUCUCCCCGAGGACGCUGUCCCGCAACGGCAAGUCCCUCAACGCAGCGCCACCAUGCCGCCCUCGUUCUCCGGGAACGCCAACCCCUUCGGACCCCCUGCCACUCACGGUCCACCCGGCGGUACCGCGCGGCACGUCAGCAACGAGAGCGUGGACUUUCAGGGGAUGCCGAAUGGACGGCACUCUCCCGAUGCGUUUGCGGGGUUGAGUGCGCGAUAUAUGCGUUGAGAGACUGGGCGUUUUUGGGUCGCCUAUGAUUGUGCCUUGAUUCAAAGGAGAGAGCCAUAAUGUGCGACUGCGCUAUUGGCGUUAGUUCCAGCCGUAUGAAAAUGGCUUGAAGAAGAGAGAG